AUGUCAGAUGACAGCGAUUUUGAUGAUGACACGAGGGAAAUGGUCAUGGCGACCAUUGCCGGAGAAAAGCCGAAAAAACGUAUCAAAAGGGAGACUUCGAAAACUUCGGCUGCAGAUUUGUUAAACUCAAUCACCUCGAAAAGGAGAAACUUGCAUACGAAGACUAUCGAACACAAUAAAGAGGAACGGAAGAGAAAGGCCACUCUAGCAGCGCCUCUGCAUCGAAUCGCUCGCGAUAAAAUUCAUGGUGCGGUCGGGUUCGUCGAAUUAAAGAAGGAACUGAGCGUCUGGAAUCCCGUUGUGGAGGAAAGAAGGGUUGCGGAUCAAACUAUCUUUCAUGAAGACGAUCACGAGAUCAUCAAGCCCAUGCGGGCUGCGGACAAGGCAGCGGCAUUUUAUGCCAGGGGCCCUGUAAAUGAUUUGGAGCGUGAAAUGGCCGAAGCUAUCGGACAAAGCAAAUUCCACCUGGGGAACGACGUCGAGUUGACCGAGGGCGAAAGAGAGAUUAUUAAAGCGAUGGAUGUGAAAGAGGCGAAGCACAAACUGGCGCAAAUGAGAAAAACCCGUGCUCUAAUGAGCUACAAACAAGCGGCCGAUGCCCGUAAAGCAAAAAUUAAGAGCAAAAAAUAUCAUCGCAUCCAGAAACGCCAAAAACGCCGACAGUUGAUCAAAGAGUUUGAAGAUUUGAUAUCACGCGACCCGGAAGCGGCCAAAGAAAAACUCCGAGAGCUUGACACGCAGCGUGUGGUGGAGCGCGCAACGUUGAAGCACGGCAAAAACAAUGCUUUUAACAAGGAGCUGAUGAAAUAUGCCAGUCACAAUAAAGAAGCUCUAAAGCUUUUCGAAGACCAUUUGAGGCUUGGCAGAGAGCUGAAAUCGAAACACGGCGCCGAUAGCGAUUCUGACGAACAACGGGGCGCUGACGAUGAUACAGAAGCCCCUAAAAGCCUUCAGCAGUUGAUAAAGGAAUCAGCAGAAGAAGCAGCAGCUGACGCAGCCGAGAAACAAUCUGAUGAGGUUAAUGAAAAGGUGAAGCGCGCUGAAGCUCGGAUCGGUCUGGCGAAACUGCGGUCGGAGAAACGAAGGGAAGCUGAGGAGUCCCUUCUGCGUGGUGCCGGACAAGAAAUCAAAAAGAAGGACUGCUUUGCAACCGAUGAUACUUGGGAAGCGGUUGAAGAACCCUCCAAGCUGCCCACGUUUCCCAAAAGAAAUAAAAGACAAGGCGAAGAUCCGCAGCAAAGCGCAGCAGCGAAGCCUGUUGCUUCAACUGCAAUUGCAGCUGCGCAGGACGCUUUGAAUGACGACGAACGAUCUAUUUAUGAGCGUGCCAUCAAGGAAAUCGAAUUGGAAGAUCUCCACGACCAGAUCCAUGAAGCGGAGAAAAAUCUGUUUGCUGCACCGACGCUAAAGAAGAAGAAAACUGGCAAGAAGGGAACUGCCGAGGAGAAGCCCGUAGAUGGCAUGCUUGACCCGAAAAAUUUUCUGAAGGUUGAGACGGCCAAUCUGAAUCAGGUAUCUUCUGAAUUUAUGGAUCGGAUGGAUGCCUUUGAUGAGGCUCAAAACGAGGCUAUCUCUGCGGCGUUUGCCGACGACGAUGUGAUGGGGGAUUUUGAUACGGAAAAGGGCGGUUUGGAAGAAGCUGAAAAAGAAAAGGAUAUCGAUCUAUCAUUGCCGGGCUGGGGAUCGUGGACAGGUCCGGGCGUCGCUCCCAAAAAGAAGAAGGAUAACCGGUUCAUCAUUAAGGGGCGAGAAGUCAAGCGAAAAGAUAAAAGCCGGGCUGGCCUCAUCAUCUCCGAGAAGAUUGAAUCGUCGAUCACAAAAUUCCAACCGAAGGAUGUGCCGUUCCCGUACAGUCGCAUGGAAGAUUUUGAAGCAGCUGUUCGCCAGCCCAUUGGUCGUGACUGGAACUCUGCCGCCGCACACAUAGCUCUGGUCAAACCGGCAGUUCUGUAUCACUCCGGCAGAGUCAUCCGCCCGCUCAACAAAAAGGAUGUUCUACACGAUUCUAUCGUGGACGAAGAA